GCUGUGAUUUCAUCCUGUUCCACGUUUCUCUGCACCCCCCGCAGAGCAAGGACCGGAGCCAGCUAUCAUCUGUGACUCAGUGACCUGCGUGAAUGAAACCUGUAACUACAACCUGAGCUGCACCGCCAGGGAUGGGGGGGGGAGGGGGAGAAUGUGACCUACAGCUGGACUCGCCCAGCAGGGGGUGCUGUGGUGUCCAUUGGACCCAUUCUGACCAUCUCCCAGAGACCCCGUGGUGCUCACCUGGCCGUCACCUGCACAGCACAGAACCCCGUCAGUCACAGCUCCACAACGGUCUCACCAAACGACUUUUGUGCAGGUAACUCCCUUGACAGCAAGGUGCUGCCCAGUGCUGACGCAGAGACAGCUAGCCUUGUGUCAUGGUCUUUGUGCCUAUCCCAGGCCUUUGACCCCAAACCGAAUCUGCCACCUCCCACUCCACCCCAGAAGCCACCUCGCUGCAGAUUUUAGCCUGUAACCCUGCCAAUCAGGGAGCAGGUUGCACUUGAUUUGUCUGUAUCACCAGAGCAGCCUCUGGCAGGGCCCAAGGAGAGCCACGCGCAGGCUGAGAUAUUAGGGGGGAUGUUGGGGGGAACCCCGAGAGGUUUAGUUCUUAAUCACUCCUGAUCUCAAACACUGACUCACUUAAGGGACUGUAUCAGCUCACCUAUCCCCUCCCCCAGCUCUGACAAUUCCUAGCAUGGCAGGCUCUCGGAUGCAAUAGACAGAACUAUCCAAUGACGCAGGAGCCAUGUCCCUUUCAGACCCACCCGCUGCCCCUUUCAGCCCUGAGCAAGGCCCAUGAGAGGAGCCUUCCCCAAACCGGCGCCCUGGGCUUGCAUUGACCAAAGGCGACAUGACCCCUCGCCAGGAGCCUGGCUGGGUGUAGUCCGGCGCUCAGAGUGACGCACCCUGCGGGCUUUAGGGAACUCAGCUGCUUCGAGUUCAUUGCGCGACUUACCACAAAAGGAAAGAGCAUCUCGCGGGGGAAGUUGCAGAGCUGUGGGGUGGGUCAUUUCUCUGCAGCUCCUCGGCACCAUCAGGGAUCGACCACUCAGGAAACCCUGCCGGCCAACCCGCUCUGGCUCUGUUCAGUCAGGACACCCAUUACAUGGACUGACGGCCGCCCGCUCUGCCUGCCCCUCGCUGUCAGGAUGGAGGGGGCUCUACGGCCUUCCCUUCUCUUGCUCCUGUUGGUUUUACAGCGCGGCGCGUACGGCAGAGCAGAGGCAGGCGCGAUGGAGCUGAGCGGGAUUCUGGGGGGCUCCGUCACUUUCCCUCUGGGGAUCCCAGCAGAGCAAGUUAAAACUGCUGCAUGGACACGAAACACAAGCAGCGCUGUAGUAACUGUAGCAGCAGGAAACCCCCCCAAUGUCCUUGUGUCGGACCCAUCCUACGAGGGACGCCUGAGAGUCCCUGCCGAGAGCUACUCACUUCAAAUCACCAGCCUGAGGAUGGAGGACACGGGCACCUACAGCGCUAAAAUCAUCACAGCUCCAGGCAUCAUCUACAGACACUUCCUGCUGCGCGUGUUCAAGCAAGUACCGGAGCCAACUAUCCUCUGUGACUCAGUGACCUGUGUGCCCGAAACCUGUAACUACAACCUGAGCUGCACCGUCAGGGAUGGAGGGGAGCACGUGACCUACAGCUGGACUUGCCCAGCAGGGGGCGCUGUGGUGUCCAUUGGACCCAUUCUGACCAUCUCCCAGGGACCCCGUGAUGCUCACCUGGCCGUCACCUGCACAGCACAGAACCCCAUCAGUCACAGCUCCACAACGGCCUCUGCAAAGGACCUUUGUGCAGCUCCCACAUCAGCCCCGGCCUCCUCGCUGUCCUACUGCCACGUCAAGGGGCUCAUCCUGCUGCUGGUGCUGGGAGCCCUGAGCACCGGGAUCAUCGCGGUGCACGUCCUCCCUGGCAGGGACCGGAGACGGGACUGAGAGCACAGGGGCUCCCACUGUGGCAGCUCAUCCCGCCUGGGUGUUCCCCAGCCCGCCAGCCCAAGGGAUGCUCCGGGGGGACACUCGCUUGCACCUUCAUAAGGGUGGAUGUCACUGAGUGGGAGGAGGGGAAGUAUUGGGUCCCUCUGUGUGGCGGGAGUUGUGGUGGAGAAUCAGCCCGGCUCAGAGGUGCCCUCUGGCAGCCACAGACAGCACAACAGGUGCGCCUGCCUCAGUUUCCUUCUUUUUGAAAAGAUCCCAGUGUCUAAACGUACCCCUUCCAGGGGCUGGUUUAUAGUCCCAGAGUGUAAACAGUCCCUACGUGCCCAGCCCACACCAAUCCCCCAACCCAGAGCACACUGCUCAGUCCUCAUGGCUGCUCCAGCGCCUGGUUCUUCCCAGGCCCUUCCAGGCUUCCCAGACCUUUCCAGGCCCUUCCCAGGCCUCUGCACUCCACAGGGUCAUGAUCUUGGUAUCUCUGGGGUAAUCCCGCUAGUGGCAUCAUACUCACUGCGGGGUUUCCUCGGGGCCCAGGCUCAGUCACCAUCUUCCCUACAUUGCUCCUGCUCACCCGCA